UCUUUCCUGCGGCGUCAAGACGGUGCGGUAGCGAUGCUGUCCGCCCGUUUAUAAAAUUAAUAAAUUUUAAUUAUUUUCUUGAAAUUAUUAAGUAAAAGUUUUCUAUUGUGAAGUGGAGAUAAUUUUAUAUUGUUUUAUCAAUAUAUUCCAUCAUGGGAAAGCCUGAAUUCAAUAGCCCACGUGGUGGAGGCCGCGGCGGUUUUCGCGGAGGCCGCGGCGGGGGCGGAGGCCGAGGUGGCUUCGGUGGCGGCAGGGGAGGCGGCGGCGGUGGCAAAUUUGAGAAGCGUGGCGGCGGUGGGGGUCGCGGAUUCGGCGGUCGUGGGGGAGGCGGAGGCCGGGGACGCGGUCGUGGAGGCGCUGGUGGUGGCUUCAAAGGAGGCAAACAAGUUAUUAUUGAGCCGCACAGACAUCCCGGAGUGUUCAUCGCUAGAGGCAAAGAGGAUGCGCUAGUCACAAAGAACUUUGUGCCCGGCUCAGAAGUGUACGGAGAAAAGAGAAUAUCUGUUGAGAACGAAGGAGAAAAAGUUGAAUACAGAGUAUGGAAUCCUUUCCGAUCGAAGCUGGCUGCCGCUAUCAUGGGUGGAGUAGACGCUAUACACAUGCCUCCUGGCUCCAGAGUGUUAUAUCUUGGUGCGGCCAGCGGAACUACAGUCAGUCACGUCUCGGAUAUUGUCGGACCAGAGGGACUUGUCUACGCUGUUGAGUUCUCACACAGGUCCGGAAGAGAUCUUAUUAAUGUUGCCAAGAAACGAACAAACAUCAUUCCUAUUAUAGAAGACGCUAGACAUCCAUUGAAAUACAGAAUGCUCGUCGGUAUGGUGGAUACGAUAUUCGCGGACGUGGCGCAGCCCGAUCAAGCUAGGAUAGUUAGUUUAAAUGCACAGCAUUUUCUCAAGAAUGGUGGACAUUUUGUUAUAUCUAUUAAGGCCUCCUGUAUAGAUUCCACGGCACAGCCCGAAGCAGUCUUCGCUGCUGAGGUGAAGAAACUACAAGCUGACAAACUAAAGCCCCAAGAACAGUUGACGUUGGAACCUUACGAAAGAGACCACGCAGUCGUGGUCGGUGUAUUCAGACCACCACCUAAGAAGACAUAGGAUUAGUGUAGUUUAAGAUAGUUAUAGUCGAAAUGCUACUUAAAUUAGGGUUACCUAGGCUGUUUGAGUAAAGACUUUCCAGUCUUGGCUGCAAAUGAUCGACAAAAAUUCAAAUAAAAUGCCACUUUUUGAUAUAGGCAUUAGGCAUGUAAUGUAUAGAGGUAAGAAUGACCAGCAACGAAAACGAAUGAUGAAAAUCUACCUGACCUCCGUAAAGUAUAUAGCUCAAUUUUUAUGUUAUUUUCUUUGGGGUAACUAGGAAAUCUCGUCUUCCACUGCCGGAUAUUUUAAACAGUUGCUUCUCACUGUCAGACAUAGGACUUUAGGGGUGUUUGGCAGUGGGAAGCAACUGUCAAAAGUGUCCUACGGUGGAAGAUGAGAUUGGUAGACUACCUAAUAUUCUGUUGACAGUUAACAAGCCUCUAAUUUAAGCAGUGUUUCGUUGUUAGCCGUAAGAGAUAUCAAGUCGCGUUUUGGCGAUUAUGUGGUCGCUUUAUGUUUGACUUUCUAUAAUGGUGCCUCAAGAUGUGUCAAGGAUGUAUUUUUGUAAAUAUUUUAUAGUAAAGGCUUUGGAAAUUGUUAUGAAUGGCAUCAUAAAAAUAUUAUAAUGAAAAUUAAUUGAAUAAAAGUUAACCAAACUAUGUGUUUGGCUGGAA